GGCGCGCAAUGAGCAUGCGCAGUGCGCGGGGCCGGCUCCCAGCGCAAGGAGGAAGCGUUCGCGGUGAUCCCAGCGGCUGCGCUGGGUAUGCGGUACCGACUCGCGUGGCUGCUGCACCCCGCGCUGCCCGGCACCCUCCGCUCGGCCCUUGGCACUCGCCUCCUGCUCCUGGAGCGUCUCUGUGGUUUUCAAAAAAAGACUUAUAGCAAAAUGAAUAAUUCAGCUGUCAAGAGAAUAGGAAAUCACAUUAUCAAAUCUCCUGAAGACAAGCGAGAAUACCGCGGACUAGAGCUGGCGAAUGGUAUCAAAGUACUUCUCAUCAGCGAUCCCACCACGGAUAAGUCUUCAGCAGCCCUUGAUGUACACAUAGGUUCAUUAUCAGAUCCUCCAAAUAUUGCUGGCUUAAGUCAUUUUUGUGAACAUAUGCUUUUUUUGGGAACAAAGAAAUAUCCAAAAGAAAAUGAAUACAGCCAGUUCCUCAGUGAGCAUGCAGGGAGCUCGAAUGCCUUCACCAGUGGAGAGCACACCAAUUACUAUUUUGAUGUUUCUCAUGAACACCUGGAAGGUGCGCUAGACAGGUUUGCACAGUUUUUCCUGUGCCCCUUGUUUGAUGAGAGUUGCAAAGACAGAGAAGUGAAUGCAGUGGAUUCAGAACAUGAAAAGAAUGUGAUGAACGAUGCCUGGAGACUCUUUCAGUUGGAGAAAGCUACAGGGAAUCCCAAACACCCCUUCAGCAAAUUUGGGACAGGUAACAAAUACACUCUAGAGACUCGGCCCAACAAAGAAGGCAUUGAUGUAAGACAAGAGCUACUGAAAUUCCAUUCUACUUACUAUUCAUCCAACUUGAUGGCUAUUUGUGUUUUAGGUCGAGAGUCUUUAGAUGACUUAACUAAUCUGGUAGUAAAGUUAUUUUCUGAAGUAGAGAAUAAAAAUGUCCCAUUGCCAGAAUUUCCUGAACACCCAUUUCAAGAAGAGCAUCUUAAACAACUUUAUAAAGUAGUACCCAUUAAGGAUAUUAGGAAUCUUUAUGUGACAUUUCCUAUACCUGAUCUGCAAAAGUACUACAAGUCAAAUCCUGGUCAUUAUCUUGGUCAUCUGAUUGGGCAUGAAGGUCCUGGAAGUCUGUUAUCAGAACUCAAAUCAAAAGGUUGGGUGAAUACCCUGGUUGGUGGACAGAAAGAAGGAGCCAGAGGUUUUAUGUUUUUUAUCAUUAAUGUGGAUUUAACUGAGGAAGGAUUACUACAUGUUGAAGAUAUAAUUUUGCACAUGUUUCAAUACAUUCAGAAGUUACGUGCAGAAGGACCUCAAGAAUGGGUUUUCCAAGAGUGCAAGGACUUGAAUGCAGUUGCUUUUAGGUUUAAAGAUAAAGAGAGACCCCGGGGCUAUACAUCUAAGAUUGCAGGGAUGCUGCAUUAUUAUCCCUUAGAAGAAGUACUCACAGCUGAAUAUUUACUGGAAGAAUUUAGACCUGACUUAAUAGAGAUGGUUCUUGAUAAACUCAGACCAGAAAAUGUCCGGGUUGCAGUCGUUUCCAAAUCUUUUGAAGGGAAAACUGAUCACACGGAAGAGUGGUAUGGAACCCAGUACAAACAAGAAGCUAUACCAGAUGAAGUCAUUAAGAAAUGGCAAAACGCUGACUUGAAUGGGAAAUUUAAACUUCCAACAAAGAAUGAAUUUAUUCCCACGAAUUUUGAAAUUGUAACAUUAGAAAAAGAAGCCACACCAUACCCUGCUCUUAUUAAGGAUACAGCUAUGAGCAAACUAUGGUUCAAACAAGAUGAUAAGUUUUUCUUGCCAAAAGCUUGUCUCAACUUUGAAUUUUUCAGCCCAUUUGCUUAUGUGGACCCCUUGCACUGUAACAUGGCCUAUUUGUACCUUGAGCUCCUCAAAGAUUCACUCAACGAGUAUGCAUAUGCAGCAGAACUAGCAGGCUUGAGCUAUGACCUCCAAAAUACCAUCUAUGGGAUGUAUCUUUCUGUGAAAGGUUACAAUGACAAGCAGCCAAUUUUGCUAAAGAAGAUUACUGAGAAAAUGGGAUUUUUUUUUGAGAUUGAUAAGAAAAGAUUUGAAAUUAUCAAAGAGGCUUAUAUGCGGUCUCUUAACAAUUUUCGGGCUGAGCAGCCUCACCAGCAUGCCAUGUACUACCUCCGCUUGCUGAUGACCGAAGUGGCCUGGACGAAAGAUGAACUAAAGGAUGCCCUAGAGGAUGUCACCCUUGUUCGCCUUAAGGCCUUCAUACCUCAGCUCCUGUCACGGCUGCACAUUGAGGCCCUCGUUCACGGAAACAUAACAAAGCAGGCUGCAUUAGGAAUUAUGCAGAUGGUGGAAGAUACCCUUAUUGAACAUGCUCAUACUAAACCUCUCCUUCCAAGUCAACUCGUUCGGUAUAGAGAAGUUCAGCUACCUGACAGAGGAUGGUUUGUUUAUCAGCAGAGGAACGAAGUUCACAAUAAUUGCGGUAUUGAGAUAUACUACCAAACGGACAUGCAGAGCACCUCGGAGAAUAUGUUUCUGGAACUCUUCUGUCAGAUUAUCUCUGAACCUUGUUUCAACACCCUACGCACCAAGGAGCAGCUGGGCUAUAUUGUCUUCAGUGGGCCACGUCGCGCCAAUGGCAUACAGGGUUUGCGAUUCAUCAUCCAGUCAGAAAAGCCUCCUCACUAUCUGGAAAGCAGGGUGGAAGCUUUCUUAAUUACCAUGGAAAAGUCCAUAGAAGACAUGACGGACGAGGCCUUCCAAAAACACAUUCAAGCAUUAGCCAUUCGUCGACUAGACAAACCAAAGAAGCUGUCUGCAGAGUGUGCUAAAUACUGGGGGGAGAUCAUCUCUCAGCAGUACAAUUUUGACAGAGAUAAUAUAGAAGUUGCAUAUUUAAAGACAUUAACUAAGGAAGAUAUCAUCAAAUUCUACAAGGAAAUGUUGGCAGUAGACGCCCCAAGGAGACAUAAGGUAUCGGUCCAUGUUCUUGCCAGGGAAAUGGAUUCAUGUCCUGUUGUUGGAGAGUUCCCAUGUCAAAAUGAUGUAAAUUUGUCACAAGCACCACCCUUGCCACAUCCUGAAGUGAUUCAGAACAUGACCGAAUUCAAGCGUGGUUUGCCACUAUUUCCUCUUGUGAAACCACAUAUUAACUUCAUGGCUGCAAAACUCUGAAGAUUCUCCAAGGGUGGAAAAGUAUGCGUGGAUCUAUUCCUGAGUCUUCCAGGCCUGGGGGAAAAUCUUGGCCACUAUAGUAGUUUCUGGUUCACUAAUAGAGAGACAAACAGAAAAAAAAA